UUGAUCAAAAUAGAGUGGAAGGGGACUUUAACUUUUCCUUGUCACCUUCUUAAGGUGGUUGUUGAUGGUUUGCUCCCCACCCACGAGGAUGUCUCGCUCCUCAUCUCCCGCUUUCAAGAGUACAUGGAGUUCGAUGACGUACGGUACUUCGUCAUGAAGGCUGUCACUGCCAGCAUCGGGCAAGUCAUGCAAAAGACAAAGGAGAGGCCAUUGCCUUUUUACCAGCAGAAUGUAUUUUCCCUCAUCUCGCCCAUUAACAUGCCAAACAAAGAGUCUGAGAUGGUCAAAUUUAUGGUCAAGCAAGACAACCGUGAAGAGCUGAAACUUUCAAAGCUGCAGGCACACAGGCAGGUGUUUGAAAAAAUGUGGCUCACUUUUUUGAAGCACAAGCUGCCCACUGGCCUUUACAAAAAGGUUCUUGUCAUUCUGCACGACUCUGUCCUGCCUUACAUGAAUGAGCCCACUCUCAUGAUGGACUUCUUGACAGUGGCCUAUGGCAUAGGUGGAGCCAUCAGUCUUCUAGCCCUAAAUGGGUUAUUUAUUCUGAUUCAUCAGCAUAAUCUGGAGUAUCCUGACUUUUACAAAAAGCUGUACAGUCUCUUAGACCCUUCCAUCUAUCACGUGAAGUACCGAGCCCGUUUUUUCCACCUGACUGAUCUGUUUUUGUCUUCAUCGCACUUGCCAGCGUACCUGGUGGCAGCGUUCAUCAAGCGGCUCUCCCGGCUGGCCCUCACCGCCCCUCCCGAGGCUCUGCUCAUGAUCAUUCCCUUCAUCUGCAACCUGUUCCGGAGGCACCCCGCCUGCAGGGUGCUGGUGCACAGACCAGGAGGGCCAGCAGAUAUGUCAGAAGAUCCCUAUAUUAUGGAGGAGGAGGAGCCAUCUGCAAGCAGGGCUUUGGAGAGCUCUCUCUGGGAGAUUCAGUCUCUCCAGAGCCAUUAUCACCCAGAUGUGGCCAAGGCAGCUGCUGUGCUGAACCAGUCCCUGUCAGAAAUGGAGGAUGACAUAUCAGGGCUCCUGGAGCUCUCAGCUUAUGAGCUUUUUGAUAAAGAAGUAAAGAAAAAGGCUGCUGAUGUGCCCCUGGASUUUGAGCUAGUACGAGGUUUGUUUGGGAAGAAAAAAGAUAUUUUUGCAGAGCACUUCAGUUUAGAYUGAUGCCAUCUCUUACCAAAACAUGUCUGUGCAGCGGUUGGAUCUUAGGGACACGCACAAAGCUCCCAUGUGCUUGACAGCCCUUCCCUGUGAGGAGAGCUGGGCUGCUUGGCUGAGCUGCAGCCUUCUGCAGUGACCCUUGCCUCUACCCCUGGAUGGACUUCGUUGUGUUUCUCACAUUUGCAUUCUGCCACCUGGUAUUUGGGAGGGAUUUUUCCUCAGAGCGAGGUUUUCUGCAUUUGUUCAUGGCUGGGAUCUCAGCCCUUUCCCCAGAACUGCUGGUGSUGGCUGUGACCAGGGGCUGCAUCCUCACACAUCUCACUGCUGUUCUGUGGGACUGAGCAGAUUGCAGUGUCUGACUGCUCCUGUUUUUCAGAUGUUACUUUUAUAUGAGAGCUGACAGCCUGUUUGUAACAAUAAUUUUUAAUAAAUAAGUAUAAACACCUGAUCUGUUAUAUUUUCAUAUGCAUUUCUAAGCUCAUCUUCAGAGGGAUGUUCAUUUUACUUGUACUCAGGACUGCCACAUUCAAGRCACUGAA